ACACACACAUGCCUCCUGCUUUCACUCACUCGCAUUACACACAAACUCUAUCUCUCCCUCUCUCUUUCUGUCACUCUCUCUCUGUCUCUUGCUCUCUUUGUGUCUUUUUCACUCUUUCGCUGCCAUGCUGGCGUACAUUUUGUGUGUGUGUGUGUUGUCGUUUGAUAAUUUGUGGGCAACAAUCAAUAACACAUUCGAAUUACUUGCAGAGCAACAGCAACAGGAACAGGAACAACAACAACAACAGCAGCAGCAACACGCGCCAAGGAAGCUGCCACAUUGUAUGGAAGAACUGCAACGGCCACAGCAGCAGCAGCAGCAGCGCGUAGUCCAACGCAAACACAAACGCUGAAGACAAUAAAACCCACACAGAUUCCAAGCUACCAUCAGCAGCACCAGCAGCACCAGCAACAGCAACAGUUGCCGGUUACGCAGUAUUUCAUACAAUCAGCCACACAACUACCUCAACAAACAGCAACGGCAACGGCAACGACAGCAACGGCAGCAACGUCGGCGGCAAACACAUUGAACUACUUUAGCAGCGGUGGCAGCGGCAGCAGCAGCAGCGGCGCCAGUCCGCUGUCGCCGCCGUCAAGCGCUGCUGUCCCUGUUCCGGCUGCUGGCGGGCACAAUGACAUUGGCAAGCUCUAUCGCAAGUCGCCUUUUAUGCAGCGCAAGCUGAGCAAUGGCUCUCACUACAAGUACCACGACGAGAGUCCCAAGAAGGAGUCUGUUUUCAGCAGCAUAGGUCAAUCGAUUUUACGCAAUUUAACCUCAUCGCCGUUCAGCCAGAAGAAACAUCAGCCCAUUGUUACAGCGACAACACCAACGGCAGCCACACCAACAGCAGCAACAGCAACAGCAACAGCAACAACAACACCAACAACACUGCCGCAUCACAAUAGGAAAGUGAAAACGCCCACGGAACUGUUGGCCACGCCCAAAUGGCGGCUGCCCUACGACACCUGUGAUAGUAGAAUUGAUAAUGUUAACCUGGCGCUCAGUUCGCCCACGCUGCAGCGCAAGCAUCUGAUAAUGGAGCCAGCGACAGCGACAGCAACAGCAACAGGCACAACAACGUUGCCAACAACAUUGCAGCUCAGCAAUCAGCAACAACAACAGCAGCAACAGCAACAGCAGCAGCGAUUGCAGCCGGGCAAUCAGAGUCCCAUAGUGUUGCAGCGCUUCUACCAUCAACAGAAUCAGCUGCGUGAAAAAGAGGCAGCCGAGCGGCAACAGCAACAGCAACAACAACAGCAACAGCAACAGCAACAGCAACAGCAGCAGCAAUUCCAACAGCUCCCACAGCAUUAUCAGAUGCAACCUCAAUCCCAACAGCUUCCACAGUCCCAUCAGUCGCCGCAGCUUUAUCACUUUCUGCAGUCGCCGCCGGCGCCGGCGCCGCCGCUGACGCCAACGAUGCUGCGUGCUGCGCCGGCUGCAACAGCUACGACCAGCACGAAUCCGUUUCACAGCAACUAUGUGGCGCCACCGUCGUCGCACUCCACCUCUAGUCAGUCCUCGACGCAGUCGACGUGCUCCCAAAUAGCCAGCGCAGCGCCCGCCUCUCCCUGUGCCACAGCCGCCGGACACUUUGGUGUGGGCACUGCGGCCCAGUUGCAAUAUCAGCCAUUGCCGCUGACGCCCACUACAGCACCAGCGGCUCCAACAGCAGCAGCAACUGGCGACAGCAGCAGCCUGCCCCCCAGCAGAUCGCCCGAGCAGCUGCAGCCGGACUAUGGCACGGCGCAGGUAGCUGGCAGCAAGCUGAGCAAAUUGUAUGCACGUCGCCAGCUGCUGGGCCAGCAGACGAGCAGCAAUCUGGAAGCCAGAGAGCAUCAGCAGCAGCAGCAGCAGCAGCAGCCGCAUCUCUACAGCACGCAAGCGGAUGCCGGCUGGUUCAAUACACUCGCCGGCGCCAUGAAGCGACAAUUUGCGACCUAUGUUAAAACCCAAUUGAAUUCCACAGCGACGGCCCAGACGCUGGCCAAUGGCAAUGAACAGCAGUCGGCGCUGGCGCCACAGUCGCAGCCACCAGCACCGCCAGCCUAUCGCAGCCUAAGCAACAAUGGCACCACCAACACCACCACCACCAGCAGCAGCAGCAGCAGCAGCCACAACCACAACCACAAUGCGACAGCCAAAACGUAUUAUUAUCGCACGCUGUCGGCGGCGAGCAGCAGCAGCAGCAGCCACAACCACAACCACAAUGCGACAGCCAAAACGUAUUAUUAUCGCACGCUGUCGGCGGCGAGCAGCAGCAGCAGCAGCCACAACCACAACCACAAUGCGACAGCCAAAACGUAUUAUUAUCGCACGCUGUCGGCGGCGAGCAGCAGCAGCAGCAGCCACAACCACAACCACAAUGCGACAGCCAAAACGUAUUAUUAUCGCACGCUGUCGGCGGCGAGCAGCAGCAGCAGCAGCCACAACCACAACCACAAUGCGACAGCCAAAACGUAUUAUUAUCGCACGCUGUCGGCGGCGAGCAGCAGCAGCAGCAGCCACAGCCAGACCCACAGCCACAACACCAGCCAGAGCACCUCGCCCACCACGGAGCCACUGACGGGCAGUGCUGCGGUGGCGCAUGGCUUGGGUGGAGGCGGCGCUGCGACGGCGACGAGUGGCUUCUUGCGGCGCUAUGCCAGCAGCGGCAUUGUUGCCGGCAACCACAGCAGCGGCAGCAGCAGCACACCGCCCAGCCCGCACUUGCUGGCGGGACUGGAUAGGCGGCAUCGCAGUCCGGAUCCGCCGCCGCGCUACAAUCGCGGCCAGUCGCCGCUGCUGCUGCGCAAAAAUCUGCUCGAGCUAAGCGGCCAGCCAGCGGGCUCACCGCUGCUGCAGCGACGAUAUGUUUCGGCAUCGCCGCCUUUGCCGCCGCCGCGUCGCGGAUCGGAGAGUGUGCCCGGCUCGCCGCAGCAUUUUCGCACGCGCAUCCAUUAUACGCCCGAGCCGCAGCGACGCAUCUAUCGCACCAUAGAUCAAUGAGUAGCGCUGCAAAUAAUGGUCAUGUGAUGUUGGUAUGGCUUCGACGAUGUGGCUGACGAGGAGGCGGCAGCAGCAGCAACAGCAGCAACGGAUGCUAGAGCAGCGGCAACGUCUAGACGCUCGCUGGACUUUUAAGCAGCUACCAAGAA